UCUGAUCUACGUUUAACAUUUAAAAUUAAAUUGCUGAAAGGACGUGAAUUGUGAUUUGAAGCAAAUACCAGCAGACCGUUGACCUAGCCAAACCAAACCUCAACACGAUUUAACCAUCUGACCACGAUAACUUAAAACAAGACCACACACACACACACGCACUCACACACAAACACACAAACACACACGCCGGUGAAGCCGGUGACGGAUGGAUGGUUGAGGAGGAGGCGAGAGUUACGCGUCCGCUGCUCCACAGAGGGUAGGGAGAUGCUGUACGCGGCACAUCAGAUAUGAACUAAUGAAAAAUGAAGACUUCACGCCGCCGACCGCCGAGCAGAGACGCGGCGCACGCACCGGCUGUCUCCCCUCCAUUUCCGUCGCAGGGUGACCUGUCAGGUGCUCCACGCGCCUUUGUGUCCACGCCAGGAGCGGCGCGCGUCGGCUGCGCCUGAACUCAACGAGAAAUGCCGUCUCACCUAAGUGAUCUUCACUCUCCUGGCGGAUUUUCUACUCCUCGGCAGGUCGGAUCGCCUUCCCUCGCGUUUCCAGAGCCACUGAUUGAAUGGCUUUCGUGACUUGUGCCCUCAGGACUGUAAAAAAAAAAAAAAAAAUACUCGAAAGCAGGAUGAAAAUCCCUCGUUUGGCGCUUAUGCAACCUCUCAGCCUCUCAGUUAUGACAGUAAUUUGAAUCACGGUUAAAAUCCAAACAAUGGGAAGACCUUCAGUGUAUCAACAUAAAGGGUAAAUAGAAGACAGAAGUCCGGAGGCGAAGCCAUGGUCAUCACCGAUAGAAACACCGGCACCCCCUUGCCCAAAAAGGAGCCCCAGAAGAAGAGGAAGUCUCGCCCUCAUGGACUGCCCUCCCCGGCCCUCUGCUGCGCCUGCGGCCUGUGCAUCAUGCUGGCUGGCCUCAACAUCACCCUGGUGGGAGCGCUCGCCUUCAAGUCACUGGUGCCUUCUGCCAACCCUUCGAUCAUCAUCGGACCCAUCCUGCUGCUGGUGGCCUUUUCCUUUUUCGGGGCCUGCUGCGUGUGCAGCCGCCUCCCCCCUCCCAACAGCUCGCAGAGGUCGAAGGUGGGCGGCAGGGGCGCGGGGUUGAUGGGACACGGCGGGCUGGCCGGCGGGGCGGCCUUUGAAAUAGAGACCAGCGAGCACACGCUGCAGGACACCACCGCCGUGCAGCUCAGCCCGACAUCCUCCCCCGGGUCGUCCCGGGCCUCCAGCCCAGAGAGAGAGACUCCGGACGCAGCCACGCCGGGACCUUGCAAGAUCUUCACCAUGGAGACCAACGGCCCUUCUUGUCUUUCCGCCACCGCCGUCUACUCAGCCUCCACGGCAGCGGGAGGGGAGGUGAGGAUCAACCUGCCACGUGAAGAAGUGGUCAUCUAGCAGGGUGGGAACUCUUCCAAGGACGGAGCAGUACUAGCAGUGUAAAUAUCUGUCCGAGUCGAGGGCUUGCUGGGUGUGAUUGUGUCCUCUAGUUUACGUGAUGCCAUGUCUCUGGUCGUCGAGAACACGCUUUUGAUUUCUCUUGCCGUGCCAACUGGUGAUUAGCAUGCAAAGUUAACGAAACAUGCAAGUAUUUGUGGAUCAAAGAACCGAGAGGCGGGAAUUCAAAUUCCCACCUCUCUCCUGUGCUGUUUUUUCUUACAGAUCUCCGUCUUAAACGUGGGGCAUUAUGACCAGUUUUCAUGUGGAAAUCAAAGCGUAAACAUUUCCUUCUCAUCCUCAUUUUGGUUAGCGGGAGCCUCGCCCGUCUGUCAGCGGCGACUUCACGGGGCUCGCCGGAAAAUUUUGACCAUUUAUUUGUUCUGAAAUCUUCAAAGAUUACACGCGAAAGGUCAGUCGUUGAACUGUGACAUUUGCCAUUUUGUGUGCCAACGCUGAACUUGUUGUGGGGGCACAUUAUGUUGUAGGUCACUGGGGUCCCAAAGCAAUAGUCUCUUACCUGAGAUUACGACAUUGCAGCCGGCACAUCUGCAGUAUAUCGACAAGUACGCAGCGGUGGGAGAAUUACUCUCGUAGUUCGAUGUAGCUUUCGUCACAACACCAACAUUAACACUGUGAACGUUAAGUUUCUCCUCUCGUUUCGUUUUGAUUUUUACUAAAGAUAUCAUCACAGUUUUUAUUUUCGUCCGUUCUUAGACACUGUAAUGCAGUUUAGGUCAGGAUCCAAGUAGAGCAGGGACUUUCUUCUUCUGUCAUCUUGAACAAUGGAAAGCCAAGAAUUUAAAUAUCCAGAUUACUUCUAAAGAAAAAAAAAAGAAAAAAUCAGUUCACUCUCACUGUGAUGUCUUCUUGUCGGUUAUAAACCUGACUGAUCAGAGGAGACAUUCGAUUUCCGCCUGAUUUCCUUUGAAAGGAAAGUUGCCUUAGACUGAGAUAUCAGGAUCAACACUAAUGAGGGCUAUAUAUAUAAAAGUGCACAAUAGUAGUUUUCUUCAGAAAGCUGGAUUUCUAUUCCAUAUUGUUAGAAAAGCCUCAAGAAGUUAUUUAUUUUGAUUUUUCUGUGAGCGUUGAGAACGCAUGCAAAUGACUUAAAUGUUCAAUUUCAGAAAUGUUUAUGUGGCCGCAGGAGAGUGAAAAGAUUCCCUUAUACGCUUUUACCUGAAAUUGUUUGUCAUGCAGUUCCUUUAUUUUUGUUCCCUGUCAAAGCUUUCUCUCUCUCUCUGUUGUGCCAAAUUAGAGCGCUGAGCUAAAAAUGUGCAUGUUUGGAAAACUGAGUUAAGGAAAUGCAAACACCCUGUUGUGAACCAUUGGUGUUGUCUCUGUGUUUUCAUCUGUGUACAUUUAAAAACAAACCCAUAUUUUUGUGAAAAGGAAUAUAGUUUGAAGUAACCGCUCCAAAUGUGAAUCCUUCGUAUGAUAUAACUAAUAAAAAAAAAAAAGAAGGCUCUUUCUGUAGAACACAAGGUGGUUGAUUAUGUAUGAGUGGCGCCGUUGUGUACUCGCUACAUUGCAUUUAGUGUCAUCGUGGAGGGAAAUGAAUAAAAAUGUCCAACUGGAUUUGUUAUGUGAUAAAAAUUCAAGCGAGAGUUCAGUGUAACGUUGCAGGGUAACAGUCGCUUUCAGGUUACGCUGCUCUCCGCAUCUGUUAUUUACUCCGAGAUGGAGGCCGUAAAGAGCAGUUAGUGGGAAAACAACAGGACAUAAAGUUACCAAUGGUUUCCCAGAUGGUCAGAAAGGUGGCGGUAAAACCUGCUCACCUCAAGAAAGUCUCCUUCCACAAUUAAUAAUCACCUUAUUACUGACGAUCCUGCUCAAUAUUUUCCUGAACAGGUGUAUAGUUUGUUAAAUAUCAGAAAAACAGAGAAGAAGACAGU